UUCUUUUAAGAUCUUUAUAUUUACCCCCAGCUCCGCCGCAAACAAAACGAAUUUGGAUGUGAGUCCGCAGCCAAGACUGGUGGGAGAGAGUGGUCUUGAGAGAAUUUAGUGACCAGGAAUGGCGAGAGAAUUUUAGGAUGAGUCGGCAGUCGUUCAUGAAAUUAUGCGAGCUCAUGAAGACUAUUUCGCCGGAGGAGGUAACUGUGCGAAGAGCAAUACCGUUGGCAAUGAGGGUUGCCAUGGUACUCUACAAGUUGGGCAGCAGCGCCGAAUAUAGGCUGAUCGCUAAUCAGUUCGGGGUGCAUAAAAGCACCGUCAAGAAGUUUGUUUAUAUGUUCUGCAAAAGUAUGGUGCAAGGACCUAUAAAAUACCUCAUAAGGGUACCAACGGAGGAGGAAGCCCUCUACAUCGCAUCCAGAUUCGAGGCCAGCUACCACUUGCCAAAUGUGAUGGGCAUCAUUGAUGGCACACACAUCCCCAUGUUGCCCCCUUCAGAUGGGUACAAAGACUUUGUCAAUCGAAAAGGCUGGCCGUCCUAUGUGCUCCACGCAGUUGUCGACCACCAAUUUUGCUUCUGGAACAUCAGCUGUAAGAUGCCCGGUAGCGCACACGACGCCAGUGUUCUCCGCAACUCGGAUCUCUUCCAAAAAGCCCAUCUACUGCCUAAGGUGAGACCCAAAAGGGGCCAAUGCAACCCCAGUGGUGCGAUGAACACCUGCAGCUCGACUUGAGAGACUUGGUUUGGGUUUACCAAGCAUAUUAUAACCCUAUAACCCUAACCCAUUAAGUAAUGUUUUACUUCCGUCUUUCUUUAUUUUAGGGUGAUAAAAUCAUCGAGGGAGAGAGCAUCAGGCUAGUCAUUGUUGGGGAUCCUGCAUAUCCGCUCCUUCCGUGGCUGGUGAAAGGACAUCUCAGCUCCCCAUGGCUAACUCCAGAGCAGGAAUCUUUCAACGUGUAUCUAAGUUCGCUCCGGGUUGGGGUGGAAAAUACAUUUGGGAUUCUAAAGGCAAGAUGGCGUGUUCUGUUGAAACGUAGUGACUUUCACUUCACAUUCACACCGACUGUCAUCGCAACCUGCUUUGCUUUGCACAAUUUUUGCCAGCUUCAGAGGGAACAUAUAAACUGGUUAGAAGAGGCUGCAACUCCAGACGGAAUCUAUCCUCAGCCUGCCCAGCCAGCAAAUGUUAAUGAACAUGGUAACCACGAAAGGGCCGUGGUUACAGGAUAUAUGGCCACUCACUUUCCCCUUCGCAGUGGUCAUCUCUAUUAAUUGAAACACGUAUGGUUAAGGGAACAUAAUG